AUGGCCUUGGCAACCCACCAUGAGGACGCUACAGAGGCUGACACCACCACAUCCAUCCAGACGCAGUCGGCCUCCCACUCCGACCAAUCGGCUCAGGCAGCUUCUGCCGCUGCCUCGCCUUCCACCACCAAGAGGGCGCGCUUCGAGAGCGCAAGCGGCUCAGCGGCUCUCCCACCCCCUGUCGCUUCCAACCCAGUGCCGCUCACUCCCUUUCAAGAGUCGCUUCCCGGCCCUCACUACACCCCCUUGCCUCCCACGCGCGCCAUAUCUUCGCCCCGAGUCAACCACCCGCCUCGCUCGACCAGCAGCUUUGGUUCGCAGUCUAACGCACUCACUGCUCCAACCGCCGCGCAUAGCAAUCCCGACUCACCCGCCACUUCCAGCUCGGCUCCCGCAUCUCGUCGUUCCAACCCGCUCAGCUUUGAUCACCGCUCGCCACCCGUCAACCUACCCUUCCCUGCCAACUCGUCCACCUAUUUUGGAGAGUCUUCGUCCACCAGAAUGUUCGAUCUCGACGAGUCCGUUCGGGCGCUCUACUUUGCGCCCACUCCCAUGCUCGUUCUCGAUCACAACCGAAGGAUUCGCAUGAUGAACCGUCCCUGCGAGAGCAUCUUCCUCAUGACCGGCGUCAGCUGCAUGGGCCAGACCAUGGAUAAACUCGUCGCAGAUUCCCACCGUAGCGGCCUGGCUGCGGCGCUCCACGAAGCAUCUCAAGUCCGCGCUACCGCCGCUUGGGCGCCGCCUGUCCUCACGCGCCUCACCUUCCUCCAGGAUGAUCAGAAAAUGUUCACCGCAGAGAUGUCCAUCGCCGCCUGGCACCCCACUGACGAGGUCUUCUCCGAGACCUUCAAUAAUCACUACGCCAAGAGUCUCUCCGUGGACACCGACAAGCCAGAACAAUCUCCGUUUGCUCCAAAUCGCUCCGAGUCUAUGGACGGCCGAGGCGCGUCGCUUCCGCACGAGUCGUACUUCACCAUCAGCAUCGUUCCCACUCGUCUUGCCGAGCGACGCAUGAGCCCCACCGACUUGCAGAUCAGCAAGACUGAGCAGCUCAGGGAAGGCGUCUUUCACACCAUCGAAACCGCCAUCAUGGCCAUGGCCUCGGAUGGUUCCACUGUCAUCCGCAAUCGCGCCUGUGACGAGAUGCUCAAGAUGUUCGAAAAGAAAAACCCUCAGGAUAAGCCCAAAAAGGCCCAGCCGCGCAAGCCAAGGGAAGGUCUUGAGGUCGACAUGUCCUGGCUCUCGGACGUCAUGGACUGCUUCACCGAGGAUUUCAGCGAGCCUUUCCCAGAGGAGAACUAUCCCAUCUACCGGGCCGCCAUCUAUGGCCAGUUCACCAAGCCCGUUCGCAUCGGCUGUGUCGCUACCGACACGGGUGCACGUAGGGUGUACGAGAUCAGCGCCAAGCCCAUGCGCGACGCCGGAGGCUUUGGAGAGCACAUUGGUGGUGUCAUCACCCUCGUCGACGUCACAGACUCGGAGCGAAAGUACAGGAUGGAAGUCGAGAAGAAGGGUGAAGAAUACUUCCGCACCAUCUGCGACAGCAUGCCGCAGAUGCUCUGGACCGCCAAGGCUGACGGCAGCGUCGACUGGUACAACGAAGGUUGGACCCGCGUUACCGGUAUCAGCACACAGGACUUACUGUCCCGCGGCUGGCAACACUUGUUCCACGAAGAUGACAUGGUAGAGACCAACCUCCGCUGGUCUCAUUCCUUACGCACAGGCGAAGUAUACCAGGUCAUGUACCGAUGCAAGGUGCUGGACGGUAGCUGGAGAUGGCUGCUGGGCCGCGCUCUACCUGUACGCGAUCCGAGCACGGGCAAGAUUGUCAAAUGGUACGGCAGUUGCACCGACUGCGACAGCGAGGUCAAGGCACUGGAAGCAUCGCGCAAGUCGCAAGCGCAGCUCACUAGCGUCAUCAACCACGCACACGUCACCAUUUGGGCCAUCGACCGAGACGCCAUCAUCACCAUCGCUGAGGGACCAGGUGUGCGCUCGCUGCGGCUCGCUCCGGGCACGCCCAACGGCUCGGAUGGUGACGGUUCUGGUUCGGGCAACUCGCUCACAGGAUCCGUUGGCACCGGCACUUUCAACGCACGAAGCGAAGAGAACAAGGAUGCAGAUUCACAAACCAACAGCCAGAGCGCUGUCAGCGGCCCAGGCAAGCGUGGAGCCCAACGCAACAUGAUCGGCCGCAGCAUCUACGAGGUCUGGGAUUCGCCGGGGAUCCGAGAAGCCAUCGGUCGUGCUCUCAACGGCGAGUCUGUCGUUCAAGAGAUGGAAAUCGAGGGUCGUUGGUUCCGCACGCAAUACACGCCGCAGCGCGACGAGUCGUACGAGCACGAUGCCAACGAAGGCACGAUCAUUGGCGUCGUCGGUGCCUCGAUGGACAUUACCGACCGCCGACGUGCCGAGCUCAAGCUGGAGGAGUCGAUGCAUGAGAGGUCGCGUGCCCUUGCCGCCGAGACGGCAGCCAAGGAAGCCAGCCGCAUCAAGUCCGAGUUCCUGGCCAACAUGAGUCACGAGAUUCGAACGCCGAUUGCCGGUGUCAUUGGGUUGUCAGAGCUGCUUUGCGACACGCCCCUCUCCAAGGACCAGCGUGAUUUCGCCGAAAACAUCCAGCGAUCGGCCGACGCGCUGCUCACCGUCAUCAACGAUAUCCUCGACUUUGAAAAGCUCGAACUCGGCAAGAUGGAUCUCGAAAAGACGGCGUUCAACCUCAACGUGGUAAUCAUGGAUACCCAGAAGAUGCUGACGUUUGCGACGCAGAAGAAAGGUCUCGAGUUCCGCAACGAGUGCCAGCUCAGCUUCACGGGUCAGAUUGUCGGUGAUGCGGGUAGGCUACGUCAGGUGUUGACCAACCUGCUGACCAACGCGAUCAAAUUCACCGCUGCCGGUGCCAUCACGCUCCGCGUCAUCGAGACCUACGAGGAUCAAAAGAGCCUGCACGUCCACUUUGAGGUGCGCGACACGGGGUGCGGUAUCUCGCAGACCACCCUCAAGAAGCUGUUCCAGCCGUUCAGUCAAGCCGAUCCCUCGUUUGCGCGUCGCUUCGGCGGCACUGGUCUGGGUCUCUCCAUCUGCAAGAACCUGGUUGAUCUCAUGGGCGGAACCAUCGGUCUCGAGUCGGUCGAAAACAAGGGUUCCAAUGCCUGGUUCAGCAUUCCUUUCCAAAAGGCUGGAACCACCGAGUCCGGCGGCGAUUCUUCGCCCGAUGAAGAGGCAAUCCCCACCAUCAAAAUGGACGAAGCCACCAGCAGCCUUGGUGUUAGCGAGAACCCCCUGCAACGACCCAGGAAGGACAUCUGGAUCUUGGUGGCGGAGGACAACCUGAUCAAUGCACAGAUCGCGCUCAAGACGCUCAAAAAGAUGGGUUUCAGCUGCAAGGUGGCCAAGGACGGUCUCGAGGCCAUCGAAGAGGUGGGCAAGCAGCCUUACGACUUGAUCCUCAUGGACUGCCACAUGCCCAACUGCGACGGAUACGAGGCCACCAAGCGAUUGCGCAAGUCGGACAGCGUCGACGUCCGCACCACGCCCAUUAUUGCCAUGACUGCCUCGGCCAUCCGCGGCGACCGCGAAAAGUGCUUGGCGGCAGGCAUGUCUGACUACCUCUCCAAGCCGGUCAAGAGCGCUGCCCUCGAAUCGACGCUGGUCAAGUGGCUUUUUGACCCUUCGACACGACAGAGUCUGUCAAGAUAUGUUGCGCCCCCCGCGCACGGCGAUUACUUUGGCGUCAAGAAGCCUGAAGCAGGACUCGAGGUGACUAUUCCCACCGCGGGCCAGCCAGGCUCGCCGCCACGUCUGAUUGAACGAGAUUCGACCGAGACGGUGAUGGGACCGCGCUCGAUCCAGUCUGGUCGACGCGGUUCGUUCAACCCGAUCGCCGAACGUGAGGCUGUGGCGGCCGAGAUCGCUGCGACGCAGACGCCCGUGGCUGCCUCGUCCUCGCAAUCAAUCGAGUUUCCCGUGGCCGGGUCGAGCAAAGAGGCAGACGGUUCGUCUGCGCUUGCGAACCUCUCGCGCGAGGCCUCUCUCUCUACAUCACGCGCCGAGAGCGACGACGACGCUUUGGCCGAGGUCAAGACGACACCCAAGCCUGGCAAGAGCAGCAAGCGUCGACUGAUGCGCCCUGGUCCCGUAAAGGUGGUCGCCGAGGAUCCAGUGGCAGCCAAGGUGAGACCAGCGCCUAAGGUGCUAUCGGCGCCCGAGGUGGCGAUGGCGGAGAAGCCGCCCAUCUUCAUCCGUCGCUCGUCGCGCGAGCAAGGCGGCUUGGGACGCGACCUUGAGGGCGAAGUGGUGCGUGCUAUGGAAGAUGGGCAGGAGGGCCCUUCGCUCGGCGUGUCGAUGGAGGAAUCGGCGCUGGAAGGAGCAAACCACGAAGACGGUUUGCACGAGGAAGACAGCGCUCGUAUCGAGGUUCGUAACUAUAUGUAG